GAGUCGAGAUUAUUUAUUGAAGUUUUGUGUGAACGGAUUUAUAAAAGAAAAUAUUCCACGCCCGUCUGAUAAUCGAUACAUAUGCUCCUUCAGCACACAUCCAAAAGCCUUGAAUCAUGCAAGUUGACGAAGAACAUUUAACGUGGCCAUUUGAUGUGUCAAAGACAAAACUCUCUCCAAAGUUUAUGGCUGGGAGAGGAAGAGUCUUAUUGGAAAUAUCAAAGUCCCCUCUUUAUGCCCAGGAAUUUGCAAAAAGAAAAAUAAUUCAAGAAAUGCUGAUCAAAGGAGAACUCAAAUUAGACCAGAAGAACAUACCAACAGAAUUACUUCGGAUGAAUUCUUCUUACACACUUCUGAAAAAAGCAGAGUCUCAUUAUAUCAGAGAACCAGUUAUCAACCAAAAGGAAUUUAAAAAUGAUCUGUCAACUAGUGUUACAACUCCACAGACUAAUUUUAAAACUGAUAAAAUGCAAUACAACAGUAAUACCUCAGAACAAGGUGAUAAACUUGAAGAGAAGAGUGUCAAAAACAAGAUAUUGCCUUUGUCAACAAGUGCAAUAUCAAACAAGUGCUCUAUAAGAGAGAAUUCUGCAAAGGAUUACAGCAGAAAGAAUGGUAUAGGUGCCAAGCCCUUACGUAAGCCAGAAAAAUCAAGAAAACAAUAUGUUACUCCACCAGAAAAAAUGAAUAACGUCAGUGUUACCAGUCAAAGUAACUCAAAUGUAGAGGAGAGUCGAGAGAAAGUAGUGACUAGUGGCAACAAUGUCUGGGUUGACUGGGAGAACAGUGUCAUAGUGCAUGGAUCAUUGGAUGAUGAAGACUUGCCAGAAAUUGCUACAGUGGAAGACAAUGAUGACAUCCAUGAUGUCAUUGUAAAUCAGUAUAUUGAUGCUUUACAACAUGAACAAACCAACAAAAUUCCGGAACAAAACCGCAAAAUAACCCCUAACAGAGUGCAACAGUUUAGUAAACUUAAAUCCACGACCAAUGCCGACUGUUUGAGGGUGUCUCCUGGAACUCAGCCUAACCUCCCCAAGGGCGAUGACAGAUGGGGUGGCUCUGAAUUAAAUGGUAUGAGUGCUAACACAGGAUGGGGAACUUUUAAUAAUGGGAACAGAAACCAAUAUGAUGAUGGAUCUUCAAUGUGGAGUGCCGAGGGUAGCCAGUAUGGGGGAGCAAACUGGAGUAAUGCAUCUUGAUUUUUUUAUUAUAUGUUGGUGAAAUAUAUGUUGUUAUCUUAGAGGGAUUUUACAGCAGCCAUCCUUUUGGGAAAACUAAUAAAGAAGUUCAUUUUGAAAAUGAAAUAGCUUUUUAUGCUUCUGAAAGCAUUGUAUUGUUACAUUCAUAAUCAAACUAUCCUCAGGAACCCAGGGGAAGAGUUUUAUCGCUCCUUUCUCACUCCCAGAAAAAGCUGGGGUCGACCAAUAAGCAUCAAGUAUAUGUAAACAAAAAUGCAAUGGCAUUAUUUUGAAUUCAAACUUCCGGAACAAGGUCUAACAGACUUCAUGGUUAGGGGUAUUUUUUCUGGGAGCAAGAAACAAGCAACAGAACUUUACCCCUUGUUUCCCGAGGAUGUGACCAAAUGACCGACCAAAUAGGUUGUUGCUGGUGAAGUCCUUCUAUAGAAAAACAGAUUUUGUUGUAUAAAAUGUAUCCUAAAAAAAGGCUCUAAAAGAGAUUCCUUCAACUAAAUUAUGCUACACUACAAUACCAGUAUAUUUGUACCCUUAAGAACUCUGUCUAAUAAUGUUAUCCUUCUGGAACAACUGAUUGUAUAACUUACACUAAAAUAUACUCUGAUCCUUUAAUGUAAAAUCUUCUAUUCAAUUUGUUAAUUGGGUGAUAAUGGUAAAUACUUUAGUAUGUGAUUGAGAGGGAAAGGUGAAGUAUGUAAUAAAAUGGCUGCAUAUA